AUGCUGUUCGGCCCAUCGACCAUCCCGCAGCGACAGCUGCUCGCUUCAGGAAAAUACUCCGACCUCGUAUUGCAAUGCAAGGAUGCCGAGAUCAAGGUCCAUUGCGCCUACGUCAACAUUGCAUCGCCCGUCAUCGAAGCUCUCUACGAUAAGGCCAUCGAAGCAGGGUCAACGUCGGCGACUCCUGUGGUUUCGUUGCCAGACACUGAUGUCCGUUCGCUCUCAGGAGUCCUCGAAUGUCUCUACACUCGGCAGUACUCUGACCUCGACUACUUCUUCGAAGUUGUAGCGCUGCGAUCCAUCGACUUCGCCCGAGUGCUGUCUGCUGACUCUCAAUUAACCACUUUCAAAUCGACAGAAGCUCCCAGCAUCUAUAAGUUCGGCACCCCCGUAUAUCGUCGAGUUGAGCAAGACAUCAAGGUCUACCUUUGCGCCAAAUCCUUGAAAAUUGAAUACGUCGCUCAGACUGCGCAUCAAAAUGCAGAAACCACUCUCAGACAAAUCCUGAGGGACUCUGGCGCUGUCGCGCAAGCAAUCCGUCCGCUGGGUUUGUUGUUUGAGAGCACAGUAUCUGGUGAGGACAACCUUCGCACAACCGUUGUUCAGAUCUGUCUCGAGCAGCGCGAAAAUUGCGAUGCAAACCCGCAACUCCGAGCACUCCUUCUCAAACACGAAAGCUCCAUCUGGACAGUGAUCCUGCCGCCGCUUCAGCCUGGUCGUUUCGUGAGGACCUUCAAGUGCUCUACAUGCUCGGAACAGGUCACGUUACGUCACUUAUCUUCGCUCGGCGCAGCCGCUCUAGCCGGUGGACUCAGCAUGGGAUGCCCGAGAUGUGGCAAGGGUACAGGUCUGUUCGACCGGGCAAUGCAGUUCACACCAGUAUAUGACGGACUCUUCAACAACAUGAAUCCCAGUCCUUACGGCGUGUCGGUCAAUAGUGGUCCCAAGUCCAGCGCUUCUCGUCUUGACGGCAAUACCACGGUCACCAAUCCCUGGACGAUUGGGACCGAGGAAGGAAGAUCUGGCGGUGGCGGUCUUUCCAGUAAUGGUCCGUUCAAGAGCAGCUCAGGCGGUCUCUUUGGCAUGAAUUCAGGUGGUCCCUCUGGCACGAACUCAGGUGGUCCCUCUGGCACGAACUCGAACGGUCCUUUUGGUACGAACUCGGGUGGUCUCUUUGGCACGAACUCGGGUGGUCCGUUUGGCACGAGAGCACUGGGUACUCCUGCGCAGCCUCUUCCCCAAGCCAGCGGUUUCAACUUCGGUCCCUCCAAUACCCAGAAAGCCACCACUCCAGCGCAGGCUUCUUCCCAAGGCAGCGGUUUCAACUUCGGUCCCUCCAAUAACCAGGGAGCCACUCCAGCGCAGCCUACUUCCCAAGCCAACGGUUUCAACUUCGGCUCUUCCAAUACCCAGAAAGCCUCUCCAGCACUCAAGCAAGGUUCCUUUCUCAACGCUCCUGCUGCCGCCGCGAAUCGUCCAGUUGAAACGUCCGGUCCUUGGCCCCUUAUAGCUCCAUCUGCUAGUCGUGCGACACAGCCAUCCUUCGGCUUCGGCGCACAAUCGACCACAACGGUACCGAACAGCGUCUCCGAGCCUUUUUCUGGAUUCAAAUUCGGACCGUUGCCCAGCAAACGCGUCGCACAGAAGAGCGCGACUGUGGAAGAUGGCUCCGAAGAUGGCAGUGUCUAA